UAUUAUUCCUGUGAGUACAUAUUUCUCUAAGCAAGAGUAUCGAAAAAGACGUUCUCUUCGAAUGUUAAAAAAAAAAUAAACAAAACGGGCAGACAUAAUUAAAUAUUUGGAGCAUGCAAAUGAAUCCGAGCAUUACAAUCGAAAGGAAACGCGUUGAUUGCACCGCACUACCAAAGGGCUGGCAGCGCGAGGAAGUGCACAAGAAAUCAGGCUGUAACACGGGCGUUGAUGUAUUCUACUACAGCCCCACAGGCAAAAGAAUUGAAAGCAAGCCGCAAUUAGCACGCCAAUUAAGCGCCGAAAUGUUCGACGUUAGCAAUUUUGACUUUCAAACUGGCAAAAUGCAAAUACAACGGCAAAUGCCCUCGCCAUCCAUAUCACUAUAUCGUUGCAAUGCAGCGGGCGCCAUUAUCAGUAACGCUAGCCUAGGUGGCAACGCUGCCAAUGCGCUCAAACGUAAAUAUAGCCGAGCUCAAGCACAAAGCUUCAGCAACAACAACAGCAGCGGUGGGUUUAUUGCAGCAUCGAUAACGCCAGCAGCAUCGAUAACAGCGACUUCAGCAACGACGACAACAUCUGCAGCUAAUCUGCGCCAGCAGCAGCAGCAGCAGCAGCAACAGCAGCAGCAACAACAGCAGCAGCAACAAUUUGAAUUCAGCCGUGCUCUGCGCACAGAUGUCUCCCUGGUACCGCCUAUACGACAGACUGCCUCCAUAUUUAAGCAGCCGGUGACCGUGGUGCGCAAUCAUGAACCCAGCAAAGUGAAGCACGAUGCCAAACACGGUGGCCAGGAGAAGCCAAAGCAGCUGUUUUGGGAAAAGCGUCUGGAGCGUUUGCGUGCCUGCCAUGACAAUGGCGAGGAACUGGACGACAUAACACUGCCAAAAACCAUACGCACCGUCGGUCCCAAUGUCAAUGAACAGACCGUAUUGCAGUCGGUGGCCACAGCGCUGCAUAUGCUCAAUGCCGGCGUGCAUGGCCAGAGCUCCACAAAGGCGGAACUAACCAAGAAUGCGAUGGCUUUCAUGAAUCCUGAACAACCGCUAAUGCAUGCGGUUAUCAUCUCCGAAGAUGAUAUACGCAAGCAGGAAGAUCGCGUGGGCGUAGCACGACGAAAACUACAAGAUGCGCUCAAGACAUGAAUGCCAAUAGCUUGGUCAUUCACUUAGAUAUUCCAUUAUGGCUUCUAUAUAUUGUAUAACUUAUUAUAUUCACUUCCAAUUCAUGAGGUAAACCAAUAGCUUGAUUUUCGUUUCCUCUGCAAAAAUCAA